AUGGCACCUCCUGGAAGACGGAAGUCUUCGAUCACCCUGCUCCUUUUCCUGUUCCUCCUGCUGCUUGCCACAAGCGCACAUGCGGCCUCCGCGGUUCUCGGAGUCGACCUCGGCACGGAGUACAUCAAAGCCGCUAUCGUGAAGCCCGGGAACCCCAUCGAAAUUGUGCUGAGCAAAGAUUCGAAGAGGAAGGAGGCUGCAACCCUUGCAUUCAAGCCGUCGAGAGCGUCGGUCAACGACGCCGAAGCAUUUCCGGAACGAUUGUAUGGCGGAGACGCCGUUGCUCUUUCCGCUCGAUUCCCUACCGACGUCUACCCUAAUUUGAAGAGCCUGUUGGGGCUGGAAGUAUCGUCAGAUGCGGUCAAGACAUAUAGUGCUCGAUACCCUGGGUUGAAUAUCGAGUCGGUACCAAGGCCAGAUCUGGAUAAAGCCGAGGGAACCGUUGGAUUCAGAAGCCAGAGCUUCCGCAACAAGAAUGAAGUCUUCAUGCUCGAGGAAUUGCUGGCGAUGGAACUGAAGAACCUCCGCCACAAUGCCGAGGCGAUGGUGCCCAGGGGUACCCAUGUUACCGAUGUGGUCAUUACAUACCCUGCGUUCUAUACAGCCGAGGAGAAGAGAGCCCUCGAGUUGGCCGCGGACCUGGCUGGGCUACGUGUCCUGGGUCUGAUCACUGACGGGCUUGCCGUGGGUCUCAAUUAUGCAACUCAUCGAACCUUCGACAGCGUAUCCGAAGGUGGCAAGCCUGAAUAUCAUCUUGUUUACGAUAUGGGAGCCGGCUCGACUACAGCGACUGUCUUGAAAUUUCAAGGAAGAACAGUCAAGGGAUAUGGCAAGCGCAAUCAGACAAUUCAGGAGGUCAUUGUCCUCGGAACAGGGUUCGAUGCCACGCUUGGAGGAGAUAGUCUAAACGAUCUCGUUGUUGAAGAUAUCGUCACUCGGUUCCUCCAGGAUCCUAAAGUCAAGAAACUCGGACUUGAGGAAUCUCAAGUUCGAGGACAUGGCAAGACCAUGGCCAGGAUCUGGAAGGAGGCCGAGCGCGUGCGACAGCUCCUGAGUGCGAACGCUGUCUCGACGGCAACUUUUGAAGGGCUCUAUGACGAUGAUACCAUCUUUAAGUACAGCCUCACUAGAGAUCAAUUUGAAGGGCUUGCGGCAGGCCAUGCUGCACGCGUCGGCCGACCAAUCUCUGCCGCACUUCAAUCCGCUGACCUCGAGCUUACUGACCUCGACUCCGUUAUCCUGCAUGGAGGUGCGGUCAGGACCCCAUUUGUGCAAAAGCAACUUGAGAAAGCGGCCGGGGGGGCGGAAAAGCUGAAGGCCAACGUCAAUGCUGAUGAAGCCGCCGUUAAUGGGGCUGCCUUCAAGGCUGCUUCUCUCAGCCCAAGCUUCAGGGUCAAGGAUAUCCGUGACACCGAUACCUCGGGCUUCCCAUUUAGCCUAAAGUGGACCACCGAGAGCAAGGAGAAGGUGCAGAGGCUGUUCACGCCAACUUCUCAGGUAGGAGGUCAGAAGCAAGUGCCGAUCAGGGCACUGGAAGAUCUUAAGCUUGAAUUUCUUCAGACGGUGCAUGACAAAGACCGCCCUGUGUCGGAGGUGGAUGCCUUCAAUGUGACGAAGUCUGUGACCGAACUCAAAGAGAAACACGGAUGCGAUGCGGCUAAUAUCAGCGCUAUCUUCAAUGUACGGCUGAGCCCCUUGGAUGCAUUACCAGAGGUGGUUUCCGGGGCCGUCAAUUGUGAGACAACCGGCAGUAAACCAGGAGGCGUGAUGGAUAAUGUGAAAGGACUGUUUGGAUUCGGUUCAAAGAAGGACAAUGAGCAGAAGGUACUGGAUCAGGAGGACCCAACUGUCGAGAGCUCCAGCGCGGCCACUCCAUUACCUGUCUCUGAUCCGACCAGUUCGGGAUCAACUAUAUCGUCAACUUCGCCGACGUCUGAGUCGCCCUCCUCAGCGUCUUUCUCGUCGACAAGCGAAACUUUCAAGUCUGCAAAAUCAACCCCGUCAGUUGUGUCGAUCCCCCUGGCCUUCAAGUCGAGAGCGUUGGGGCGCAAUGUACCACCUUCCAAUUCCAUACACCGGAUGCGGCAGAGAUUGACACAAUUUGACGCCUCAGACCGAAAUGCUGCGCUCCGUGCCGAAGCGUUGAGCACACUAGAAGCUUUCACAUAUCGAGCGCGUGACUACCUUGAAGAUGAAGCCUUCAUUGCCACGUCAAGCGAAACCAUGCGAGAAGAACUGGAAAAGCAGCUCGCCAACGUCUCUGAAUGGCUGGAUGAAAAUGGUGCAGAUGCCAACCUUAAAGACUUCCAGGAGAAAUUGAAGAGCCUUCGAAAUUUGGUAGACCCAGUGUUGACGCGUCGAGACGAGGCGGUCAAACGGCCUGAUGCAGUCAAAGCACUGCAGGACGGGUUGGAAAACCUCAAUGGGAUGAUUAAGAUGGUCUCAGGGAGUAUCCAGAAAGCGGCCGAGAAAGCAGCAGCGAGUGCAAGCUCUACAGCUUCGUCCGGAGCAUCCAGUGCCACUGCCAGCUCAACUCCAUCGGCGGCGGACGGGGAUGAUCUGGAAGAAGACCCAUACAGCAGCACACCAGCAGCGGCAGAGACCCAGGCCGACGAAACACCACAAUUCAAACCAUACGAAUACACGGCAGACGAUCUGUCAUCGUUGACCACGAAAUAUGAGACCGUGAAGUCGUGGCUCGAGGAGCGGCUAACGCUUCAAGAUAAACUGCAACCCUACGACGACCCAGCUUUUCUGGUGUCAGAUCUGGAGACACAAGGUCAAGAGCUGCAGAAAGUGGUGACUGACACAAUUAUGAAGACAGUCAAGGCACAAGAGAUGCCCCGAAAGGCUAAAGGCAGCAAAAAAGGGAAAGGCAAGGCGAGCAAGAGCAAGUCCUCUGCGUCGGGCCAGACCGCAAGCAAUUCGGCGAGCAGUGCAGGGCCUAGCUCAUCAUCGGUGAGCGCAUCAUCACCAAAGGCGACGGCAGCCAGUCGUGCGAGUGGGAAGGACGAACUGUAG